CCCCCCCGGCCCUGCCCAGGGGCUGUUCCGAGCCCUCUACGACUUCCAGGCUCGGAAUUCCCAGGAGUUGAGCGUCAGGAAGGGGGACACGCUGCAGGUCCUGAGCCAGCAGAAGAAGUGGUGGCUGGUGCAAGACGAGCGCGGGGACCGGGGGCACGUCCCGGGCAACAUCCUGGAGCCCCUCCCGGUGCCGGGGCGCGGGGGAGGCCCCAGCGCCGGCCAGGACAGCCCCCCCACCCUGCGCCCCGACUCCACUCCGGCGGAGGUGACGGCCUGGCUGGCGGACAAGGGCUUCUCGCGGAUCACGGUGCGGAGCCUGGGGGUGCUGCGGGGGCAGGAGCUGCUGCAGAUGAGCCCCGAGGAGCUGCGGGCGGUCUGUCCCGAGGAGUGGCGGAGGGUCCUCUUCAAGCUGUCGGCCGCCAGGACAUCGCUGGAGGUGGGGGACCCCCUGCCCUGA